AUGGUAGAAAAAUCUAAGAUCAUGAAAACCUUUGAUGACCUGAUUGAAUUCACAAGCAUUUAAAAGGAAUUCACAGCUAACACCCUCAAAUAUAAACCUGACUAGUCAAGAAGCCCUGAACAGUAAAUUAAGGAUGUCCUAAUAAACAAAAUUCUUGAUUUCACAAUCUAGAGCAUUGGCGUAUCCGAUUCGCUGGAAUAUAUUAAUUCAAGAUAUAGUGCUGGGGGUGGAGUGAAUGCAAGCCAAGACAGAAGCAUAAGCAGAAGCAAUAGUAGCAUAGUUUAGUAAAACUCAUCCGAAUCUCUAAAAGGUUCUCCGAAAACUGUAUCUGAUUUUACUACUACCAAGGAUAACAUCUACUUAUCCUCUACGAAGCUAAUAAAUAAAGUCUAUAAAUUCAACAACUAUGUAGUCUAGGUAAAAUACGCUGACUGGAUUAAAACAGAUCUAUCAUCUUAUUUACUGAAUCUCAGAAAAUAUAGAAAAAUUUUUGAUGACAACCUCUCAAAGUUUAAAUUUUUGUGCGAAUCAAAAGAUGCCAAUGAUGUUGAAAGACAUCAAGAUGAAUUGAUGAGAUUUAUUAAGCUUAAAGAUGAUAAAUAACGCUCAAUCACAUCUGAACUUAAUAUCUAGCUUAGAGGGGUAAAUUUAGCAAAACUAGCUGAUAACAUUAAUGCGAUCUUUCAUGUAUACUCAGAUUUGAUAAUUUGCUAAGAAACCGAUUCAUAGUUUAAGUCCAUUUUAUCUCCAUUUUAGUCCUCACUGGAAUAAUAUAUCCUAUAAUUAAACAUUACUGAUCAAAUAAUCUAGGAGACAUACAGAUACUUAAUAGUACAGGGAAAUUCAAUGCCUUAGUAAUAUGAAUUUGAGAUGGGACUUGCACCUUACAACAAUUUUGAUCAAUAAAGCAUUAGAAAUCUAUUUGUGAGCUACCCUUCUCAGAGUGUGGUUUCCUCAUAAAUGAGCGAGAUAGAUCUUAAUUUUAAAGCUGAAAAAAUAAUUUAAAGCGAGCAUAGUGAGAAAUAUAGUUGCGUUGUAAGCAGUAUAGAAGGAAAAGCUAGGUUUAUAAUAGCAACUAAUACAAAUAAGCUUCUUGUUUACAAUGAGAAAUUUACCUCCCAAAAAACUUUUGUUAUUGCAAGCUAAGCCAUAGCAGGGGUAUCAAAUAGAGAGAAGUUUUACUUGGCACUUGAAAAUUAAGAAUUAAUCUCAAUGAAUGCUUAUACAUUUGAGAUUAAAGAGUUAGGCAAAACUACGAAUUAAGUCGUGAAACUGGUUACAUUUAAAGACAAAUUUCUUCUAGCAGGCGAGAAGGAUGGGUUGAUAGAUAUCCUAGACAUUAAAAGAGGCAAAGUUAUGAUGCAAAUUUCUUUAGCCUGUAAGCUUUAAAUAAAUGAUCUGUUCGUGUCUCAAAAUCUAUAAGAUCUUAUCAUAGCAUAACAAGGAAUAACUAUUUAUGAGCUCAAAGUUAAUUCUCAGCAAAAAUUGAUGCUUACUGAGAACCAGAGAGAGAGGUAUUUAGAAGCCUAUGUUGUCCUUUGCAUGGCUGAGGUAUCCAGUGAUUAAAUGUUUGCUUUUGCCAAGGACUAAAAGGUCUUUUAUCAGAUAGAUAGAAGUACAUAAAACAUAUUUAGAGAAAUUAAAUACUAAGAUCAGCCUAUGAAGUACCUAAAUAGUUUACUGUUAAGUGAUCCCACUGAUAAUUUAAAGCCACUUAUUCUCAUUGUCGAUACAUAAACAGUAACUUUAUACAAUGGAAUAUCCAAGAAAGCAGAGAUACUUAUGGAUCUACAAUUCUCAGGUAUUAAAAGUAAUGAUUUUAUCACAAGCAGAGUCACUCAAGUUGAUAAUGAGCUGAAUUCACUGAUAUAUCUUGUGGAAUCUCAGAAAGAUAGAGAUUAGCUGCUUUGUGUAACAUUUGAAAAGAUAUGA